UGCCCGCCCCCCGGGGCCCCGGCGGCCCGCGCCCCUGCUAGGCUGCGGCGGCAUGGCCCGCGCGCCCGGCGCGACCUCUGCGGAUUGCAUCGGUGUGUGGCGGCGGGGCAUGCCCAGGGCACCGGGCACGGCCUUCAAUGGGCGAGGACACGGACACGCGGAAAAUUAACCACAGCUUCCUGCGGGACCACAGCUAUGUGACUGAAGCUGACAUCAUCUCUACCGUCGAGUUCAACCACACCGGAGAGCUGCUGGCCACAGGUGACAAGGGCGGCCGGGUCGUCAUCUUCCAGCGGGAACCAGAGAGUAAAAAUGCACCUCACAGCCAGGGUGAGUACGACGUCUACAGCACUUUCCAGAGCCACGAGCCAGAGUUCGACUAUCUCAAGAGCCUAGAGAUAGAGGAGAAAAUCAACAAGAUCAAAUGGCUCCCGCAGCAGAACGCAGCGCACUCGCUCCUGUCCACCAACGAUAAAACUAUCAAAUUAUGGAAGAUUACCGAACGAGACAAAAGGCCCGAGGGCUAUAACCUGAAGGAUGAGGAGGGGAAACUGAAGGACCUGUCCACAGUGACGUCAUUGCAGGUGCCUGUGCUGAAGCCCAUGGACCUGAUGGUGGAGGUGAGCCCCCGCAGGAUCUUUGCCAACGGCCACACCUACCACAUCAACUCCAUCUCCGUCAACAGCGACUGCGAAACCUACAUGUCUGCGGACGACCUGCGCAUCAACCUCUGGCACCUGGCCAUCACCGACAGGAGCUUCAACAUUGUGGACAUCAAGCCAGCCAACAUGGAGGACCUCACGGAGGUGAUCACAGCGUCUGAGUUCCACCCGCACCACUGCAACCUCUUCGUCUACAGCAGCAGCAAGGGCUCUCUGCGGCUCUGCGACAUGCGGGCGGCUGCCCUGUGCGACAAACACUCCAAGCUCUUUGAAGAGCCCGAGGACCCCAGUAACCGCUCCUUCUUCUCAGAGAUCAUCUCCUCCGUGUCGGACGUGAAGUUCAGCCACAGCGGCCGGUACAUGCUCACCCGGGAUUACCUCACGGUCAAGGUCUGGGACCUGAACAUGGAGGCGAGACCCAUAGAGACCUACCAGGUCCACGACUACCUUCGCAGCAAGCUGUGCUCCCUGUAUGAGAACGACUGCAUUUUCGACAAGUUCGAGUGCGCCUGGAACGGGAGUGACAGCGUCAUCAUGACAGGAGCCUACAACAACUUCUUCCGCAUGUUCGACCGCAACACCAAGCGGGACGUGACCCUGGAGGCCUCUCGGGAGAGCAGCAAGCCCCGGGCUGUGCUCAAGCCACGGCGCGUGUGUGUGGGUGGCAAGCGCCGGCGCGAUGACAUCAGCGUGGACAGCUUGGACUUCACCAAGAAGAUCCUGCACACGGCCUGGCACCCGACCGAGAACAUCAUCGCCAUCGCGGCCACCAACAACCUGUACAUCUUCCAGGACAAGGUGAACUCCGACAUGCACUAGGUGUGCAGAGGCCCCGGCCCCAGCGUCAGCCUUGUGCACUUGUCCCGACACAACCUUCACAACCACAACACGAGGAGGGGAAGAAAAUCCAGUGGCAGUAAGGACAGUGGCAGAGGUGGCAGUGUGCAGGCAUGGGAAGCUUGGGCCCUGGCCCUGGCCAGCUUCUCUGGGCCAGCAUUGCCUUUGGCAGUGAUUGUUUAGCAAAAAGGAAAGGAAGGGUCCACGGCCACGAAUCAUAAAAUGGACUGUCGAGGCUCACAGUUCAGGGUUCCUUCAUUCACGUGCCCUCCAACUCGGUCUGCGGUCUUUCCCACAUGAGCGGGAUUUUU